AACGCAUCUUUUCGCUGUAUACACGGAUCGACAAGCUGAGCCGUUAGAUCAACUACGCGAUCUGAUUUCCUAAAUUACAAGGUUCCCUUAGUUUCCUAUAAAAUCAAUUUCCACAUUUUUUUUCUCCACAAUUCAACUCUAACCUCGAUUCUUCUUCAUCACAAACUUUCUCAAUCGGAAAAAAAUGUCGGGCCGUGGAAAGGGAGGAAAGGGUUUGGGCAAAGGAGGAGCCAAGCGUCACAGGAAGGUUCUGAGAGACAACAUCCAAGGGAUCACCAAGCCGGCGAUUCGGAGACUGGCUCGUAGAGGUGGAGUCAAACGUAUCAGUGGUCUCAUCUACGAGGAGACACGUGGCGUCCUCAAGAUCUUUUUGGAGAACGUCAUCCGUGAUGCCGUUACUUACACCGAGCACGCCAGGAGGAAGACGGUGACCGCCAUGGACGUCGUCUAUGCUCUGAAGAGGCAGGGGAGGACUCUCUACGGGUUCGGCGGUUAAGGGUCUUCUUAGAUUCGCGUUUGCGUUUCUGGGUUUCUUUUCCGGAAAUUUCUAAUCAAAUCAUGUUCUACUUAGCGUUUGCGUUUGAAUUAUGUCUGGGUACGGCGUUUAUGUGUUGCGGUAGCGUUUCGUUUUAUAUGUAAUUGCGCCUUUUAUCUUAUGUUUUUAGCGAUGCAAUGUCGAAGUAAUCCAAGGUUAAGUUUCUGGUAAAAUAUAUUCGAAUUUUUUUU